AUGACUAAUCCAUUCAUCCUUGGCGCAGACAACUAUAAUCCAUUUGAACAUGAUGAUGAGCCAUUGAAGGACCCUGAAAUGAACAAUAAUCAAGUUCAAAAGCAAGAAAACAAUUCAAUUUCUCAAGAAGUCACAAAUAAUCAAAAUGUUUCUGAACCAAAAGAACCCGAAACGAAGAAGACAGAUACAAACACAACUAAGAAAUCAGAUUCUAUCAUAUCACAGACUAUUAACUUGAUGAAGAAUACUAAAAAUGGAUAUAAAGAUCCCGCAACUGGAAUUUACAUCACAGAAGAAGAAAUGACAAGAAAAGAACAAGAACUUGCAAAGAGAGAAGCAUUGAUCGCUAAGAGAGAACAAGAAAUUGAAGAAGCUAAAGCUAAUGGUACAUAUGAUCAGCUUAACACACACAAAAGGAACUUCCCAAUAUACCUAAACUGGUAUGCAUAUUAUCCAGACGAAGAUCUCCCAGAAGACUCACUUCCAAUAGUGAAACAGAAGAUGAUUUUGAUCUACGUCGGCUCAAUUCUGCUGAUUUUGAAUUUCAUUGGCUGUUUGAUCAUUUUGUUCUGGGCAGGAUCAGCAGUUAAGUCACCUGCAGCAAGCAUAGUAUUCAGUUUGUUGUUCAUAUUCGUUGGAAUUCCACUUCUCUUUGAAUUAAGUUUCUUCACACUCUAUAAUGCUUUAAAGUUGCAGAAAUCACUUAAAUUCAUUGGAUUUCUAGUUGCAGAUGGUAUUUUCAUCAUAUUCAUGUUCCUUUUGGCACUUGGUUUCUUAGACUAUGGAUCUAUUGGCUUCAUUGUAUCAAUUGAUUGUUUGUCAAAAGUAAGUAAUAAGUUUGCCGGUGUUUACUGCAUUAUCUGGUCAAUUUGUAUUGCUGCAUAUAUUGUUAUAACAUCACUUCUUUGGAUUCGAGAGUACAGAUACUUUACAAAUCUAAAUUCUUCCAAGAAUCUGCAGUUCUUGCAUCUAAAUAUGCAAAUCCAUCUGACAUCAGUGAACAUGUCUAAAACUAUCUUUCAUUUGUAA